AUGACUUCGAACGAUCGAGAUGAGAAGCCAGAGAGUCCUCAGGCUGUGGAGGGAUCAAAUAUUCAAUCUCAAGAGCGAUCCGAGUCGCAGGCUAUGACUGAGACCGACUCUCUUCUUUUGGCUCAGGCUGAGUUUCCCAUCGCCUCCAUCGACGAUCUGGAUCUUUCUCCAGAGCUUCUCGCUGAAAUUGACGCUAUCCUUAUGCAGGGUCCGGGCUCUGCUCUUAAUGCUGCUCCUACUGCGGUCCCGACUCUUGCUAUUGAUCCUGCUCUCUCGGCCCCUUUUACUUCUGCUUUUGCGCCUGCUCCUACUAUCACCAAUACUACCUCUGCUGCUACUACCUCUACUGCUGCUCCUGCUCCUCUUCCUGCCCGUGGCCGUGGUCGUGGCCGUGGUCAUAGCCGUACUGGUGCUGCUUCUCAACCUUCUACUUUUACCACUGCCUUUGCUCCUGCUCGUCCACUCAAUUCUGCUACCCUUCCUGCUGCAACACCUCCUCUCAGUCAGACCUUUGCUCCCACUUUCGCUCCAGGGAUUGCUCCUACUUUUGCUUCCACUCUGGCACCCAACUACGCUCCAUUCUUUACUCCUACUCCUCAGCUUCCAUCCCCUCAGCCCAUCUUCGACCCUCCAGAUGUCCCUCCUGGCCCUCGAGUGCAACUCCUCCGUGAGACCCAAUGGACCCUGGGCGUCCCCCCCUGGAGUGAAUUGAUGUGUCUUGUUCCAGUCCGAGAACCCUCCAACAAUCGUGUGAUUGUCAUCCAUGAAGCACGCGACCUCAAAAGCUUCUUGGACAGUCGGAUCCGCAAACGAAUUGCCAUGCAUGCUCAGGCUGUGGGAGUCAGAGUCAACCCAGAGUGUAAGCAAUGCGCCGAGGGCAAGGGCCAGUUUGUGGGCUGUGUGGUUAUCCCCGGCUUGCUCGAGGGCGCUUGUGCAAACUGUGUGUGGGAAAAGUCCCGCGUGCUUGAACAGGAACGCGUGGAAGCGGGUGUCCAGCACGAAAAGAAACGCAAGGCUGGAGGGUGCCAGACUUUCACCAGCGUGUGGAAGUUGCCCAAGAAAUCCAAAUCUUGA